AUGAGCUCGAAUCACAUUAUUAAUACAAUAUUUGGCGAGUUCCAAAAGAAUCUCGACCAAGAGCAGGAAAUUCGUGAAGUUAUCCGGAACAUUUGCAAAGAUGUUGACCAAAUAUCAAGAGAAACCACCACAGUGCUACAAGUUAUACAUCAUGAUGAGACUGCCAUCCCAGCUGCAUGUCUCAAAGCCCGUGAGUUAUUUGAAAAAGCCAAUGUGGGGUAUAACAAGUUGAAAGAAGUUGUACCUUCUGGAGAUUAUUAUAAGUAUCAAGAUCACUGGCGAUACAUGACGCAGAGGUAUUGCUACCUCAUAUCUCUCACAAUUUGGCUAGAAAAGGGCUUACUGGCAACACAUGAAACUGUUGCUGCCAUCUUAGGAAUAAGUGCUGAGGAGCAGAAGGAAGGUUUUCAUUUAGAUAUCGAGGAAUAUCUAGUUGGACUACUUCACUUAUGUACAGAAUUGGCUCGUUUGGCAGUCAACUCUGUGACACACGGUGACUACAACAAGCCACAGCAGAUAUCCAAGUUUGUUAUGGAACUGAAUGCAGGAUUCAGACUGCUCAAUUUGAAGAACGACCACCUGCGCAAGCGCUUCGACGCGCUUAAAUACGACGUGAAAAAGAUAGAAGAGGUUGUGUAUGACCUCAGCAUCAGAGGGUUGCUGCCAAAGACUGAAAACGCUUAG